CGCUCUCUCCCUCUCAGACAAGUAGCAGAGGCUUUUAAGCAUGGCGGACGCCGGUGUAUUAGAAUCGCUCUUGCGCCUGGUGGAAAAGGCUGACGGUGGUAUUGACAGCCAGGAUGUGGCGGGCAGUCUCUCAGUGGACCACCAGGUCGUUGUUGGAGCCGUAAAGAGUCUCCAGUCUCUCGGAGAGGUGAUUGAAGCAGAACAGCGCUCCUCCAAGCACUGGGAGCUGACUGGAGAAGGGUCUGAGAUAGCCGAGCACGGAAGCCAUGAAGCCCGGGUGUUUAACGCUAUCCCUGAAGAGGGGAUGCCUCAGAGUCAGCUCAUGAAACUGGCCAGUGGAAAAGUGGGCUUCAGCAAGGCCAUGUCCAGCAAAUGGAUCCGUGUGGAUAAAGGUCACGAGGGAGGCCCCAGAGUGUUCAGAACAGUGGAGAGCAUUGUAGACUCUGUGAGAGAGAAACUGCAGCUAGUGCAGAAGGGUCAGUCAUCUAAACUGGAGGAGAAAGUGAAGAACGAACUGAAGAAACGGAAACUGCUGACGGAGGUGACAGUGAAGUCCUACUGGAUCACCAAAGGCAGCAACUUCAGCACCACCAUCACUAAACAGGAGACUGAACUCACUCCAGAGAUGAUUGCUAGUGGAAGUUGGAAAGAGAAGAAGUUCAAGCCUUAUAACUUUGAGGCAAUGGGUGUUGCUCCAGACUCUGGCCAUUUGCACCCUCUGAUGAAGGUGCGGACGCAGUUCAGACAGAUCUUCCUGGAGAUGGGGUUCACAGAAAUGCCCACCAAUAAUUUUAUCGAGAGUUCUUUCUGGAACUUUGACUCUCUGUUCCAGCCGCAGCAGCAUCCAGCUAGAGAUCAGCAUGACACCUUCUUCCUGUCCGAUCCUGCAAUGGCUCAUAAAUUUCCCGAAGACUACCUUGAAAGGGUGAAAAAGGUCCAUUCUGAGGGAGGAUAUGGGUCACAGGGGUACAAGUAUGACUGGAAGAUCGAGGAAGCUCAGAAGAACAUCCUCCGCACACACACGACAGCUGUGAGCGCACGCAUGCUCUACAAACUAGCCCAGCAGGAGAAGUUCACACCAGUGAAGUACUUCUCUAUAGACCGUGUGUUUCGCAAUGAGACGCUGGACGCCACUCAUCUGGCAGAGUUCCAUCAGAUCGAGGGUGUGGUGGCUGAUUAUGGUCUGACGCUGGGUGACCUGAUGGGGGUUCUGCAUCAGUUCUUCACCAAACUGGGUAUCACUAAGUUGCGUUUCAAGCCAGCUUACAACCCUUACACUGAGCCCAGCAUGGAGGUGUUCAGCUAUCAUGAAGGAUUGAAGAAAUGGGUAGAGGUUGGGAACUCUGGGGUCUUCAGACCUGAAAUGCUGCUGCCUAUGGGUUUACCGGAGGGUGUGUCUGUCAUUGCCUGGGGGCUUUCUUUAGAGAGGCCCACCAUGAUCAAGUACGGCAUCAACAACAUCCGUGAGCUUGUGGGGCACAAAGUGAACCUGCAGAUGGUCUAUGACAGCCCAGUGUGUCGCCUGGACUCUUAAACUGCACUCAGGAACAAUCACGGGACAGAAAAGCCUGUCUCUUUCAAAGCCUCUCAUACACAAAUCUCAUGGAUUCAUUCAAACGUCCUGGAUCAGUCCACAUUGCCCCAUGUAGUAAUUACACUCUGUGACACUCUGCUGGGGUCUACUGUCAGUAUCUCACUGAUUAAGUGACCAAGUUAGGCUGACCUCUUUGACAGAAUGGAAAAAAAUUGACACAUUUUUAAGUGAAACUUGUCGGCUGUAAAAUGCGUUUAUAUUAUCCCCAUACAGAUGCACUACUCCAACCAAAUCUGCAUGCACUCAGAGCUAAUGUUAGUACUGACUAGUUAAUUAGCAUCCUGAUUCAGCCCUCUUGGUUCUGACUGUCAGCAGUUGAUCUGUAUGUCUUUUAUUACUGAAUUAGUGCAUAUAUUUAAUGAACUGAAGUUUGUUCUGGCCUGUGUCUCACAAAAAUAAUGUUGAUGCUCUGUUACAUUCACAGCUCACAGUGCACAUAUACCAGCUUAAAGGGAAGCAUUCAUAUUGUAAAAAUUGAUAAAUUAAACAUGUUUAAAAAUGGAA